AUGCCACAAAAUCACCUGAUGGGAACGCACAGUUCAUUUGUGAUCUGCCUUGCAUUAGGGUGUUUCUUACGGUUCCCUCCAGUGAGAGGAGAGGAAAAUUGUGUGAAUGCUGAACUCUGUUCAAGAACAGAAUGGGAACAUCUAUGGUAUAUCUGGCUAGCAGUUGUGAUUGGUGGGCUGCUGCUCCUGUGUGGCCUGGUUUCAGCCUGUGUGAGAUGUUGUUUUCAUCUCCGUCAAACAGAGGAAGAAUCAAGUCCUCCACCCUAUGAGGUCACAGUCAUUGCUUUCGACCAUGACAGCACUCUCCAGAGCACCAUAACCUCUCUCCAUUCCAUGUUUGGGCCUGCGGCCAGGAGGAUAUUAGCAGUGGCACACUCCCACAACGCUGUGCAGGGAACACCACCGCUCUCUGGAUCAGACACUCCUCCAGUCUAUGAAGAAGCUCUGCACAUGAGCAGAUUCACGGUGGCCAAGACCGGGCAGAAAGUGCCAGACCUUGACUCAGUGCCAGAAGAAAAACUGCAGACAUCCACUGAGAGCAAUGAAUCCCAACAGGCCCUCCCAGCACGCUAG